UUUAUAAUUUGCUGAUUAACAUUUAUGUUGAUCUCAGUAGUUCAGGAACUAAGAAGUCAAACAUUUCUUUUCAAAGUGAAAAUGUACUUAUCAAUGAUAAAUGUAAACAAAAAUGCCGAAUACUACAAUUUAAAUCAAUCGCUUUUGGCUUUCAGACAAAUAAUUAUGUUAAAACUUAUGUUAAAGUGCUUAUUGCAAUUUAA